AUUGUAUUUCCGGUAUUUUUCUACUAAAAUAAAAGUCACUUCAGCUCGUCCGUGUGUCAAUGUUUAUAUAUCGCCUGGUACAAAAUGGGGCCAUUUAAGUUGAACAAGAAGUGUUGUAAAUGAAUUAUUUGUCAGUAUCGUAAUAUAAUACGAUGUUGACGUAACAAAAAUGUUAUGAUUACUAGCAAUAUGCGACGGACUUUUAUUUUAAAAACAAACUACCCUAAGCUCAGUUGCUGAAAUAACGGAAGUUUAGAGAGCAUGUUUUUCAGCGUGUUAGGUGUCCGCAGUACUAGGUAGGUGGUACUUAAUUAAUCAUUAAAAACAAUAAAAUCAGGCGUUUACUAAAACUUGCUAUUGCACAUGUUUUAAACUAAACGGAAUCUUAAUUUCUUUUAUCUGCCUUAUAGGUUAAAACCACUUGAAACGUACCAAGUAACGUCUGGUCGUACAGUUAGUGAAAUAGCUCGUUACUUUACAAGACACUGCUUGAUAGCUGGCUUUCAAAUAUAAAUGCGGAGCACGAACACUGUCAGUGACGGUUGCAGUAUGGUUGCUGACAUAUUUUUCUGCGACGGAAAUUCUAAUGAAGAUAAAAGGAUUCACUGUUUGCUUUCAAGAUCAUUUGUACAAGAUCGAGAAUUGUACCGAUCUGCAGGCUUGAAGCCAGCCUGUUCCAGCGCUACCUGCACUGACAAUGGAUGUGAAGGACCUCUUGACCUGGAAGUCGAGACGCCUGUGGUGGAGGCCCAGGAACACUGGGAUGAGGAGACCUCCCUUAUGGCUAGUAUGGGACUUCCUGUGGAGUUCAGGAGCUCUUCUUCACAGAAGUCAAAGGUGACUAACAAGGGCCACUUCAAAGGGGCAAAGCCAAGGAAUUACUGGAGGGCUGAGUGUGACAAUGAAAAGGAUCAGAGCCCCCUGUCUGACAAAGCCAGCGCCGAACUGAGCCACGCGUCCGAGGAGGGAGGGGCCAGACUGAGCCAUGCGUCCGAGGAGGGAGGGGCCAGACUGAGCCACGCGUCCGAGGAGGGAGGGGCCGGACUGAGCCACGCGUCCGAGGAGGGAGGGGCCGGACUGAGCCACGCGUCCGGACUGAGCCACGCGUCCGGACUGAGCCACGCGUCCGGACUGAGCCACGCGUCCGGACUGAGCCACGCGUCCGGACUGAGCCACGCGUCCGAGGAGGGAGGGGCCGGACUGAGCCACGCGUCCGAGGAGGGAGGGGCCGGACUGAGCCACGCGUCCGAGGAGGGAGGGGCCGGACUGAGCCACGCGUCCGAGGAGGGAGGGGCCGGACUGAGCCACGCGUCCGGACUGAGCCACGCGUCCGGACUGAGCCACGCGUCCGGACUGAGCCACGCGUCCGGACUGAGCCACGCGUCCGAGGAGGGAGGGGCCGGACUGAGCCACGCGUCCGAGGAGGGAGGGGCCGGACUGAGCCACGCGUCCGGACUGAGCCACGCGUCCGGACUGAGCCACGCGUCCGGACUGAGCCUCGCGUCCGAGGAGGGAGGGGCCGGACUGAGCCUCGCGUCCGAGGAGGGAGGGGCCGGACUGAGCCACGCGUCCGGACUGAGCCACGCGUCCGGACUGAGCCACGCGUCCGAGGAGGGAGGGGCCGGACUGAGCCUCGCGUCCGAGGAGGGAGGGGCCGGACUGAGCCACGCGUCCGGACUGAGCCACGCGUCCGGACUGAGCCACGCGUCCGGACUGAGCCUCGCGUCCGGACUGAGCCACGCGUCCGGACUGAGCCACGCGUCCGAGGAGGGAGGGGCCGGACUGAGCCACGCGUCCGAGGAGGGAGGGGCCGGACUGAGCCACGCGUCCGAGGAGGGAGGGGCCGGACUGAGCCACGCGUCCGGACUGAGCCACGCGUCCGGACUGAGCCACGCGUCCGGACUGAGCCUCGCGUCCGAGGAGGGAGGGGCCGGACUGAGCCUCGCGUCCGAGGAGGGAGGGGCCGGACUGAGCCACGCGUCUGAGGAGGGAGGGGCCGGACUGAGCCACGCGUCCGGACUGAGCCACGCGUCUGAGGAGGGAGGGGCCGGACUGAGCCUCGCGUCCGAGGAGGGAGGGGCCGGACUGAGCCUCGCGUCUGAGGAGGGAGGGGCCGGACUGAGCCACGCGUCCGGACUGAGCCACGCGUCUGAGGAGGGAGGGGCCGGACUGAGCCACGCGUCCGGACUGAGCCUCGCGUCUGAGGAGGGAGGGGCCGGACUGAGCCACGCGUCCGGACCGAGCCACGCGUCCGAGGAGGGAGGGGCCGGACUGAGCCACGCGUCUGAGGAGGGCGGGGCCGGACUGAGCCACGCGUCCGGACUGAGCCACGCGUCCGGACUGAGCCUCGCGUCCGAGGAGGGAGGGGCCGGACUGAGCCUCGCGUCUGAGGAGGGCGGGGCCGGACUGAGCCACGCGUCUGAGGAGGGCGGGGCCGGACUGAGCCUCGCGUCUGAGGAGGGCGGGGCCGGACUGAGCCACGCGUCUGAGGAGGGCGGGGCCGGACUGAGCCACGCGUCCGGACUGAGCCACGCGUCCGGACUGAGCCACGCGUCCGGACUGAGCCUCGCGUCCGAGGAGGGCGGGGCCGGACUGAGCCUCUCGUCCGAGGAGGGCGGGGCCGGACUGAGCCACGCGUCUGAGGAGGGCGGGGCCGGACUGAGCCUCGCGUCCGAGGAGGGCGGGGCCGGACUGAGCCUCUCGUCCGAGGAGGGCGGGGCCGGACUGAGCCACGCGUCUGAGGAGGGCGGGGCCGGACUGAGCCUCGCGUCCGAGGAGGGCGGGGCCGGACUGAGCCUCGCGUCCGAGGAGGGCGGGGCCGGACUGAGCCACGCGUCUGAGGAGGGCGGGGCCGGACUGAGCCUCGCGUCCGAGGAGGGCGGGGCCGGGCUGUGCCACGCGUCCGAGGAGGGCGGGGCCGGGCUGUGCCACGCGUCCGAGGAGGGCGGGGCCGGGCUGAGCGACAUGAUAGAGACCUGCGAGUUCCUGGAGGCAGGAGCUAAGGGUCCCGAGUCAACAGCUGGCUGGUUAGAGUACUGGUCUUGCCAGGGGGAGGGUCUGCUUUGGUCAGCAUGGCUGGAGAAGCAUCCGGAAUAUUGUAAUGGUCAGCUGGUGGUGCCUUGGCACUGCCCAGAUCGACAGGAAGUGUGGACGCAGCACUUCAAUGAGACAUACUACUACUACUGGGACCAGUUUCACUACUGGGCCUCACAGGGGUGGACAGUGGAUGAGGCUAGCUGUGAGGGUGUGGAACAUAAUACACAAAGGGAGGGGCAGGAAGUGAGGCUGGAGCCCACUUCCUGUUACCUAUCAAAUACAAAGAGCCAGGCGGUAGAAGCUGAAAUUUCAGAUCUGAUGACAAGUCUUGACCUCCAGUCCGAAGACCCGAGACGGGUAGACGGCAGCCUUGUGGGGGCGCUGUGUUUCUCUGGCGAUGAGCCAUGCGAUGGAGGCACUCGCAAAGGAGGAGGUUCAAGAGGCGAGGGUGCAUGUUCUCCUGGACCCAAUGGGACCCCCGGUGAUGUGGCAAAGGGCCCCUCCCCCACAGAUGGGGGCUCGUCCAGCAGUGACGGAGAAGGGGGCGAACCUCCAGAGAGGCGCCAAGCCAAGCUUAAGCGGAGCCAUGAGCUGGACGCGGAGGAGGUGGCUGUGCUGUCUGGGAACGACGCCUGGGAGAAGCUGGGGUUGAGGUGUGGCCAGAACUCCAGAUUCGACAGGGUGCUGAAGCUGAAACGUGCCCACGCUGACCGUCGCCAGCGGAGACGAGGGGCUAAAUCCAAGCCUGCCGGAGGCGCGGUCGCACCUGGCAACAAGCACAUCUUUUUCACGGAGGAUGGUGACAUCAUCACUCCCGGGGGGAGUAAAACCUUACAGAAAGUCCAGAGCUUCCUCGCACGGGUACAGGGCAAGUCAGACCUCAGCCUGGCAGUCACAGAAGUCUCCGGUGGUCCUGCCUCUGAAGAGCAUGCCCCUGAGGAUGAGGAGGCAGGAUCAAAGGAGGAAGGGCAUGAUGAGGUUUCCUGCAGCUCAGAACCCUGGACCCUACCAGAGGCACAGGCCCAGAGUCUGGACCUCCUACUCCAGAAAGAUGAGGAGGCCCAGUCCAGGAGAGAGCUGCUUCCUUUGGAUGUGCCAGAUUUCCUGCUCCCUGACCCAGCAGGGGGCAGUUCUGAGGGGGCCACCAAGCCCCCCAGGAAGAAGAAAAACAAGAAGAAGAAAGUGGAGGUUCCCCCCGAGAUUGCGGCUGACCCAGAUCUGGCCAAGUACUGGGUCCAGCGGUACCGCCUCUUCUCUAGGUUUGACGAAGGCAUCCAGCUGGAUCACGAGGGCUGGUUUUCCGUUACCCCCGAGAAGAUCGCCCGGCACAUCGCCGAUCGUGUCCGGCAUCACUCCGGCCCCCUCCUGGUCAUCGAUGCCUUCUGCGGUGUUGGAGGGAACGCCAUCCAGUUCGCCCUGACUGGGAAUCGAGUGCUGGCCAUCGACAUCGACCCAUUGCGCCUCGGCCUGGCCCGGAACAAUGCACAGGUCUACGGCGUUGCGGACCGCAUAGACUUCCUCCAGGGUGACUUCCUACAGCUAGCGCCCCGUCUGCGAGGGGAUGCCGUGUUCCUCAGCCCGCCCUGGGGGGGGCCUGAUUACCUGGGGGCGGAGGUCUUUGACAUCAGGACCAUGAUGUCCCCAGAUGGCUUUGAAAUUUUCCGUUUAUCCAGGAUCAUCUCAGAAAACAUUGUGUACUUUCUCCCUCGGAAUGCUGACAUGGACCAGAUUGCCUCUCUCGCUGGACCUGGAGGGAAAGUGGAAGUGGAGCAGAACUUUUUGAACAACAAGCUAAAAACGAUAACGGCAUACUUUGGAAACCUGAUAAAAUCGAAUUAUUAGUUUUUAUCCGUCGUCAGUGUUGUAAUUUACUUGUUCGUUUCUUGUGCUCAGCGUGGUUUGUUUGUACUGUACAUAAAUAUAUAAAAAAAAAGUCGUAAUUGUUUUAUGUUUUAUAAAUAAACUUUUUUUAAUAUAAAGGUCA